CAACUCCAUCGCUUUCGCAUUCACCUUUGCUUUUCGCUGUCGCCGUCGUUGCCGCUUUCGCAUUUGCCUUCACAUUCGCCUUCGCCUUCGCAAUGCACAUCUCGCAGAAGCUGGCCGAGGGCCAGAAGAAUGGCAAGCCAUCCUUCUCAUUUGAGUUCUUUCCGCCCAAGACCGCCCAGGGCGUUCAGAACCUCUACGACCGUAUGGACCGCAUGCAUGGCCUGGGUCCGACCUUCAUCGACAUCACAUGGGGCGCCGGUGGUCGCAAUUCGCACCUGACUUGUGAGAUGGUCAAGGUUGCUCAGUCAGUGUACGGCUUGGAGACCUGCAUGCACCUGACCUGUACCGACAUGGAAAAGUCCAAGCUUGACGAUGCCUUGAAGCAGGCCUACCAUGCCGGUUGCAAGAACAUCCUCGCGCUGAGAGGUGAUCCACCCAGGGAGAAGGAGAAAUGGGAAGCGACUGCCGGUGGCUUCCGGUACGCCAAGGAUCUUGUCAAAUACAUCCGGGAUACGUACGGCGACCACUUUGACAUUGGUGUCGCGGGUUACUCCGAAGGCUGCGAUGACCAGGAUGACCCGGAGCUCCUGCUUGAGCACUUGAAGGAGAAAGUCGACGCCGGCGGUACUUUUAUCGUCACACAAAUGUUUUACGACGUUGACAUUUUCCUGGACUGGGUUAAGAAGGUGCGCGCCAAGGGUAUCACCGUGCCUAUUAUUCCCGGCAUCAUGCCCAUCCAGACCUACGCUGCAUUUAUGAGACGCGCAAACUGGACCAAGUGCAACAUCCCUCAGGACUGGUUAGAUGCUCUGGAGCCUGUCAAGAAUGACGACGCCGUCGUUCGUGAAGUUGGCAAGGGCUUGGUCGCCACGAUGUGCCGUCGGCUCAUGGACGCCGGGAUCAUCCACUUGCACUUCUACACUAUGAACCUGGCUCAAUCUACGCGCAUGGUUCUGGAGGAGUUGGACCUUACUCCUGAUGUUGAGAGCCCUAUUGAGAAGCCGUUGCCAUGGAGGCAGUCUCUUACGCCCGGUCGUCGCGAGGAGAAUGUGCGUCCGAUCUUCUGGAGGAACCGCAACCGAUCUUACGUCGUGCGGACUCAGGACUGGGAUGAGUUUCCCAACGGCCGUUGGGGUGACUCGAGAUCCCCGGCCUUUGGUGAGCUGGAUGCUUAUGGCAUCGGGUUGAAGGGAACCAACGACCAGAACAUCAAGACAUGGGGCAAACCAAAGUCGGUCAAGGACGUCGCAAACCUCUUCGUUGCGUACGUGGAAGGCAAGCUCGAGAGUCUCCCGUGGAGCGAACAACCAAUUACCAGCGAGGCCGAUGAUCUCAAGCCGGAUCUGGUCAAUCUCAACCAGCGCGGCCUUUUGACCAUCAACUCCCAACCUGCUGUUGACGGUGCCAAGUCAUCGCACCCCAUCUACGGAUGGGGACCGCGCAACGGUUAUGUCUACCAGAAGGCAUACCUUGAGGUUCUUGUUAACCCGGAGCUAAUCGCGGAGCUCAUCACGCGGAUUGAGCGUGAUCCCGAGCUGACCUACUAUGCCGUGAACAAAUCCGGAGACCUGAAGACCAACGCUCCCGGCGAAGGUCCGAACGCCGUUACCUGGGGCGUCUUCCCGGGCAAGGAGAUUGUGCAACCGACGAUUGUCGAGACGAUCAGCUUCCUCGCAUGGAAGGACGAGUUUUACCGCCUCGGCCAAGAUUGGGCGCAGUGCUACACGUCUUCCAGCCCCUCUCGCUACCUGAUUGAGGACUUGAUGGACACGUGGUACUUGGUCAACAUCGUGCACAACGACUUCCACGACUCCAAGGGCAUCUUCGAGCUGUUCGACGGGCUCGAGGUUCCCGACGUCGAGAAGCAGCCCCACGGAGCCGAGGAAGUGCAAGUGAAUGGUGGUGGCCCGGUGAACGGCGUUUCCAAGCCGCUGGCCAACGGUGCUACCAAUGGCGCCAAUGGCGCCAACGGCGCUACCAACGGCGAAGCUAGGGUUCCCGACACGAUAGUCAACCUAGAAAGCACGUCGGCGAUCCAGAAGGGUGCAGAGAGCACCGCGGAGCCCAAGCACGAGACCGAGGCCGGCUGGGCCAAGAAGGAGUAGAGCCAGCCAUGUUGCCAACGACGAUAUCUAUUAUCUCCCUUUCCAGGUCGAGAUACCCCAUUUCAACAUUGCAUUCAGCGUCGGAGUUCCAGGAGUUUUCAACAAAGAGAGAGAGUCUA